UCCUGGUCGCGCGUCCCCGUGGGAGGAGGAUCCAACAAGUGGGUGCCCGCGUGCACGCACCUGCAACCUCGCGCUGCUGCAGCAGAGUGUGUGCGCGCGCACCUGCGCGGAUUCGGCGCCUUUUUGGGUUUCCGGCGUCGCUCCCGCGGUUCAGAGCUCCCGAGGCUCCUCCAUGGACGCACCGCCGCCGCCGCCGCCGCCGCCACCGGGCGUGGGAGCAGGCGCCUGGGGCCGCAGCAGCCAGUAGAGUCUCCCCCCCGCCAGGCAGCCAGGCAGGACGCGGCUGUCCGCCGGCAGGUGUCCGCCAUGCCGCUGCACCCCAUCACCUCCACGCUGAUGUACCGGGCCGGCAUUUGCGCCAUCCCGGACAUCCUCAACUACCGCGCCCCGGUCAACCUGCCCGAGGACGAGGUCGAAGAGAUCCGCGAGGCCUUCAAAGUGUUUGACCGUGACGGCAACGGCUUCAUCUCCAAGCAGGAGUUGGGCAUGGCCAUGCGCUCCCUGGGCUACAUGCCCAACGAGGUGGAGCUGGAGGUCAUCAUCCAGAGACUGGACAUGGACGGUGACGGGCAGGUGGACUUUGAGGAGUUUGUGACACUUCUGGGUCCCAAGCUGACGGCGGCCGGCAUGCCGGACAAGUUCAACGGCACGGACUUUGACUCGGUGUUCUGGAAGUGUGACAUGCAGAAGCUGACGGUGGAGGAGCUGAAGCGUCUUCUCUACGACACUUUCUGUGACCACCUGAGCAUGAAGGACAUCGAGAACAUCAUCAUGACCGAGGAGAACCACAUCCACAACCCUGGGGAGUGCCAGCUGGAUAUAGACAGUUCCAGCCCCUCGCAGCAGGUCAAGCAAACCUGCGUCCGCAAGAGUCUGAUCUGCGCCUUCGCCAUCGCCUUCAUCAUCAGCGUCAUGCUCAUCGCCGCCAACCAGGUGCUGCGGAGCGGCAUGAAAUAGCGGACCUUCCCCCCCGGCGCUGUAUAAAGAGACCUGUCCUCCUCGUUAGCCUCGUGCUCGUUAGCUGGUGGCAGCUCUACAAGAGACCUGUUGUGACUCUACACUUUUCUCCGUGUGUGUG